AUGUCGAGCGAAACGAAUACUACUGCAGGGUCCUCGUCCUUAGCUAACGAAACGUUGUCCGUUACUACUUCCAAUGAUAACUCAGCUUUAGCGCAGGAAGAUUCCGCGGAAAAGCAAGCUCGCAAGAAACAAAAUCGACAAAACUGGAAAAGCCCAUCUAAGGGUGAUGGUAAAGACAUCAAAGCAAGCAAACCUAUUGUCAUUUCCGAUGAUAAUAGUAACGACAACGCCGAAGUAUUAGAUAUGAAUGUUGCCCAACAUCAACGUCGAAAAUCAACUGCUAACACUCCUGAUAUAUCAAGCAAAAAUAAAAAUUCUAAUAACAAUGGUAUUGAUAAGUCCGUUCAUCGUCGUGGUAAAUCAAUGGCAAACGUUGGGGAACUUCAAGGUGUCUCUUCGAAGAAUGGAAACGGUAAAUCUAAAGGCAGCAAGGAUGAUUCUGAAAAUAAAUCUGAAGCAUUAGAAUCUUUGCAGCAGAUUAUUGCAAGUCUCAAGAGUUUACCGGCAGUUCCAUCUAAACCUCAAAAGUCAGAUAAAAAAGAUGAUGAUAGUUCCGCUGAUUUGGCUUUUAAGCAUAAACGUCAUGAAUCGAGUUCAUCUGGUACCGGAAAGCGGACUAAUACGCCUUCUAAACAACAUAAGAAGGGUACUUCCGUGUCAUUUUCAUUUCCUUUGACAACAGCAGUUACUACCUCAUUAAAACCUAUUCUUGAUUCAGAAGACGGCAAACCUAUUGACAUAGAAAAUGCUUUGCAAGACACUAUUUCCUCUUUGAGGCGUAUGAGCCUUGAUAAAGGCAAAAAUCCUACAAACAGAAAAUCUCCAAAUCCUGACGACAUGGUACAGUCUAGUAUCGAUAAAAAACAAGAAUUGGAUUCUCCUAAGUCUCCAUUUGACUUCAAGAAAUCCAUGGACGAUCAACAACAGCUAACUGCGAAAAAGACCCAUCGUCGUCAUCAAUCUCUUGGUUAUACGUUAUCUACUUCUUCGUCUUCAACAUCUAUUGCGAAGCCUAAUAUUCCUAUCCAUGGUCGACGCCACAGUGUAGCUCUUAAUGGCAGCAAAGAUGUGCUUAAAGAACUUGAAAAGAACCAAGGCAGACUUGCUGGACCAGAAGUGAAGGGCCAUCGCCCUCAACCAUUCCAGCCAUUUCCAAUACCUAAGUUUGGUGCAAUUCAGAAGAAACAGCAACAGAAUCAACAAAACUCUAACAAUCAGCAACAAAGGAAGUCUCUCUUUGCACCCUAUCUUCCACAAGCCUCUCUUCCUCCACUUCUUAAAAGUUGUCAGCUUGUUUCCGGUGUUCUGCGAAUCAACAAACGUAAUCGAUCUGAUGCCUAUGUAGCCACCGAGUCACUCGAUGCUGACAUCUACAUAUGUGGCUCCAAAGAUAGAAAUCGCGCAUUAGAAGGUGAUGUAGUCGCGGUAGAAUUGUUAGAUCCUGAUAAAGUUUGGCAGACUAAAAAAGAGAAAGAAGAAAAGAAGAGGAAAAAAGAAGAAAGCGCUGGAAUUGAAAAAAAAAAAAUCGAUAAAAAGAAAGAUGACGUUGAAGUCGAGGGACAAGGCCUUCUUCUUUUCGAGGAUGAUGACAUUGUUACCGAUGAACAGAGACCGAAAUAUUGUGGCCAUGUUGUUGCAGUUAUGGAACGAAUGCCAGGACAACUUUUUUCUGGACCAUCAUCCACUGCAACUAAAGAAAGGGAAGCAGCUGAAAAAGCUCGAAAAGAAGCUGAAGAUAGAGCUGCUGGGAUUGAACCCAAAGUGGAAGAACCUCGAGAGGAGAAAAAAGACGACAAAAAUGAGCGUCCAAAGAUUGUAUGGUUUAAGCCGACAGACAAACGCGUACCUUUAAUUGCCAUUCCAACUGAACAAGCGCCAUCUGAUUUUGUCGAAAAUCAUCAGUCUUAUGCUCAGCAAUUAUUUGUCGCCUGUAUUAAGCGUUGGCCCAUAACUUCUCUUCAUCCUUUUGGUACUUUAGUGACAAAAAUAGGAGAGAUUGGUAGUAUAGAAGUAGAGACGGAAGCACUUCUUAAAGAUAAUAACGUUUCCUCUGAAGAAUUCAAUGAAAAUGUGACAAAAUGCCUUCCAUCUACUCCCUGGACUAUUCCAGAAAAGGAAAUCGAAACACGUAGAGAUUUAAGGUCAACCACCAGGAUUUUCUCGAUUGAUCCUCCUACUGCGAAGGAUCUUGACGAUGCUGUUUCAUGUUCUCGCCUUCCAGAUGGAAAUUACGAAAUAGGUGUUCAUAUUGCAGAUGAAGUAAUUGAAGGAAAACCAUUAAACUCUGAAGUCAAAAUUUUUAAUGAUUACGAUGCUAAAGAGAUUGAGGCUGAUAUCAAAGGCCUCUCACAACGUUUGCGAGAACAACGACUUAAGCGUGGCGCGUUGUCCCUGGGCUCUAUUAAAUUAAACUUUGAACUGGAUGAACACAAUAAUCCUAUCGCAUGCAACGUAUAUGAGCAUAAAGAUGCCAAUCAGCUCAUUGAAGAAUUCAUGUUACUUGCAAAUAUGAGUGUUGCACAAAAAAUAUCUAGUGCUUUUCCCGAGCAAGCUUUACUUAGAAGGCAUGCUCCUCCUAUUGAACGGUAUGAUAUUGAUGUUUCAUCUGCCGGUGCUUUACAAAGAUCUUUCAAUGCUGUUGAAGACAAUAAUGUUAGAGAGGUUUUGAAACUUCUUGCAAUAAAACCAAUGCAAAGAGCUAAAUAUUUCUGUACUGGAACUUUAGACAUUGCAAAAUAUCACCAUUAUGCUUUGAAUGUUCCACUUUAUACACACUUUACCUCUCCUAUUCGUCGUUAUGCUGAUGUUCUUGUUCAUCGUAUGCUUGAAGCUGCGUUAUCUGGUGAAAAACGCUUCUAUCUUGAUAAGGAUGCCGUUCAGAAGACGGCUAAUCAUUGCAAUGUCAAGAAGGAAGCUGCAAAAAAUGCACAAGAGCAAAGUAGCCAUCUCUUCCUCUGUGUCCUUCUUCAUAAUUUGGCUGUACAAUCGGGUCCCGUAAUUCGGGAAGCAAUUGUCAUUGGUGUCAAAGACCAUGCAUUUGAUGUUUUAGUACCCGUGUUUGGAAUUGAAAAGCGUGUUCAUUUGGAUCAACUUCCGCUAGAAAAAUUUAUAUUCAAUGCAGAAACAAGUGAACUAACUUUGCAUUGGAAACAGGGAGUUAAUGUCAAUGACGAUUAUCACUAUGAAUUGAUGGAUGUUUCAAGCCUCCCAAUUGAAGAUGAGCAUCGACUAUUUGAUGAUGCCAACUCAGAUAUUGGCGAAGAUGAUAUUGACGAUGACGAGUUUCCAGUACCCGGUGAUGAGGAAAAUGAUAGCAAUGAUGAUACAGAAAUUGUGGCUGUACCUUCAAUGUCUUCUAGUGAAUCCCCUAAAAUGGACAUUCCCUCAGCAGAAGCUCCGUCACUCAAUCAAGCAGCUUCUACAAAAAGUUCUCUACCUAUUGUAAAAAUUACAGAAUUACCACAGUUGCCUAUAGUUUCUGAUCCCACCGUUCCCAACUCUCAAAUUAUUAAAGAACUUUGCCGUCUUCAAGUUGUUAUCACUGCGGAUUGUAAAAAGAGUCCACCCGUUAUUAAAGUUUUGGCUGUUAAUCCUUAUGCAUAG